AUGAACUCUUGUCUUUGGGAAUUUGCUGCCUGGUAUGGCCCUUCAAUGCAAUCAAAAACCAGCGAGCUUGAUUGUGCACAUGACACUGAUACCCUUCCUAAAGUAAUAAAGCUCAAGUAUGGUAGAGGCAUAAUGAAAAAAUACCAGAAACCUGCUAUUCCACGAUAUCAUAUGUUUUCGGUAAAUAAGGAGAGUGAAAAAUUUUAUCACCAGCAACUUGUGCUGUUUAUUCCAUGGCGAGAUGAAGUAACAGACUUGAGGAAUAAUGAUAGCGAGUUCCCAUUUGAGGCAAUGUUUGAAAUGAGAAGAGAUGAGAUACUUCAAACAAAAGCCCGCCUUGAGCAUCACAGUGAUCUGUUGGAAGAUGCUUUGAGAAACUAUGGUGUUAAUGGACCUCCUCAAUAUGCUUGGGAUUGCCUUGAUCCUGAGGCUGAGCAAUCCAGAGCUGAUGAAGCAAGGCUUAUGCAGGAAGAAGAUACAAGGGAAGCAAAUGCAGUUGAAGUUGCUAGAAGACCUGUAACACUGGUUGUCACAACCAAACCUAAUGCUCUCAAGGAUGUGCAGCUGAGAGAGAUCAUCCACAGAGGUGCUGGAACUGGAAAAAGUCAAGUCAUUAAAGCUAUAUAUCACCAGGCUUCUAGAAUUUUGCAGCAACCUGGUGAUAAUCCUGAUUAUCCAUCAAUACUCCUUACCAGCCCAACAGGAACAGCUUCUUACAAUAUUGGUGGAACUACCCUUCAUGCAGCCCUCCACCUUUCUAAAGGAAGAUAUUAUUCUCUGAGAUCAAAUCCCUCUAUGUUAGCAACAUUUCGACUCAGUAUGUCGCAACUAAAAAUUCUUGUAAUUGAUGAAGCAUCUAUGGUUGGAAGGUCCAUGUUUGCUCACAUUCAUCGCAGAUUACAGGAGGCCAAAGGAGUAGAAAACACAAGCUCUUUAUUUGGAGGGGUAAGCAUUCUAGCAGUAGGAGAUUUUUAUCAGCUCCCACCAGUCCACAAACACAAGAUAUUUGAUUUUGAGGCACUGAACCCCAAUAGUAUGGAUCCAGAGGAGCUUGCUGUCAUUUUGGCAGGACUUUGGGAGAGAAAUUUUGCUAUGAUAGAGCUAGAGAUCAUGCGACAAAGAGAGGACCGAAUAUUUGCAGAGAUGCUUAACAGACUGCGUACUGCUUCGUAUACAGAAGGUGAUAUCUGCACUCUGAAAUCUCGAAUCAUUUUCCCUGUUAGUCCAAAUUAUCCUCAUGAUGCUCUACACAUCUUUGCAACAAGAAAUGAUGUCGACCAUCACAAUGCACUAAUGUUAAACAAGCAAACUGAAGAAAAGAUUGAGAUUGCAUCAAUUAACAAGAUUCCAAAUGUCAAAAACUUUGACAUUUCACAAAUGAUUGGACGGUUGCCAUAUUCUCUUACAUUAUGUAAAAAUGCCAGAAUAAUGCUUACUAAGAAUCUUGAUGUGUCGGAUGGUUUAGUAAAUGGAGCAACAGGCAAAAUCUUGGACAUAAUACACAGUGAAUCUUCAUCAUCUUUUCCCAAAGCUAUUGUCAUUCAGUUUGAUAAUAGGAAAAUAGGCCGAAUUCCUAGACGGUCAUCAAAAAUUUCACUACAAGGCUAUGACUGUGGAGUCCCUAUUCGUCCAGCUGAAGUAAAACAAAAUGCUGGACGAUCAGACACCCCCCCAGAAAUAACAAGAAUACAAUUCCCAGUUGUUCUUUGUUGGGCCUGUACAAUACACAAAGUGCAAGGAGCUACUUUAGACAAAGUUGUCACAUCUUUCAAGAAACUUCGAACUAAAGGACAAGCAUAUGUCGCUGUAAGUCGAGCUACAUCACUGCAAGGGCUGUUUUUACUUGACUUUAAAGGUGCUUAG